UCAUUCGAUCUUAAGGAUAGUUCAAUUAUAGUUUCAAUUUGAAGUUUUUCUAUUUGAGGCAAUAAAUAAAGUCCAUAGGCUAGAACAUUUAAUAUAUUCAUUCGGAUAUUUGCGUUACAUAUUCAAAGUCGUCACUAAAAUCGUGAUUAUUCGAUAAGAAUAAACACAUUUAAUAACAUAAAAUUAAAUUAAAUUAAGUCGUCAUUAAUAUUGGUAUCAAUUACUUCAACAAUAGAUUUCUCGUAUUCUCACAGAAUGCGAUUCAUAAUUUUAACAAUUGUUGCCGUUUGCAUUGGUUUAAAUCAAACCAAUGCAUUUCGUUCCAAUGAUGCCUGUAACGCUUGUCAAAAAUGGUCAAAUUUCAUCUCGAAUCUCACCCACAAUAUGAAUGACGAAUUAUAUGAUUCAAUGAGUAAAUUAUGUUCAGAUUAUAGCGAACUACCAAAACAAAGUUUUUGUAACAAAACUGUGCAUGCAUUCGUUGAUUUUUUAAAUCAACGAUGGAAUAAGGAUAAAAUUUGCUACGAUAUCAAAGCUUGCAAAGAUUCUCUUGAUGAUGGUGUGCGAGAAUUCGAUGAUUUUUUUGUUAAUGAUGAUGUUGAUUGCAAAUUUUGCAUCUAUGUCAAUGAAAAAAUCAAAGAAUUAAUGACUGGUUCGGCCACAGAAAUGGAACUAAAAGUACAUUUCGAAGACGCUUGUCAUUAUCUCAAAAGUUUUGAACAAGAGUGUCUUAGCAUGGUCGAUGAAUAUAUCGAUAUGUUAUUCCAAUAUAUGAAAGAAGAUUUCGUUCCUGGAAAUCUUUGCAAAUCGUUACGCGUUUGUCCAAAGAUGACUGGCCCAUUGAAAAAAGAAAACUCUAUCCGAUUGCCAUCCGCUUCUGAUAUGAUCAAUAUAAUGCCAGUAAACAUGUCGUUAGCUUAUCCAAAAGAAACAAUUGGUCGUGAAACACCAACUUGCAUGAUAUGCAAAAAAAUUGUCAAAAUCAUUCAACGACAGCUGCAAGACAAUGCAACCGAUGAGCAGAUUAUCAAUGUCUUGACCGAAGUUUGUGAACUAUUCCCUCAAAAAGAUCGUGCUAAUUGUCAAAAGGUUGUCACUGAUUAUGCCAAUCAGUUGAUACAGAUUUUGUCACAAGAUAUCGAUUCCGAUACUGCAUGUUUAUUAGCCGGUCUUUGUGGUAAUCAAAAUUUAAAUGAUUAUCUUAACGGAGCUCUCAUUAAUGAACAACAUCGAUUGAAUGGAAAUGCCCUAUGCACAGAAUGUGAAUUAAUUGCUCAUUUUAUUCAGAACGAAAUCUACGAUUAUCAAACCGAAGAGCAAAUCGAAAACUUUAUCAAAAAUCAUCUUUGUGAUAAAAUGUCGUUUGUCAUUACUAAAAGUAAUUGUCAGGCAUUUGUCGAUCAAUAUGGACCGAUCAUAAUGCAAACGAUUGCACAGGAUAUUUUCAAUCCGGAUAUGUUAUGUUUCAAAGAAUUAAAAUUAUGCAAAAGAGCUAAAAUUCAUGUAAUUACACCAUUAUCGCAUGAUCGAUGUCAGAUUUGUAAAGAAGUUGUCAAAGAUUUGGCCGAUGGAUCGUAUAAUGAUCUUGAUAUUGAUCGUAUCAUUCAACGAGGUUGUUCACGUUUGCCACAAUCACAUCAAGUAGAUUGUGCACUUUUAAUAAAAACAUUCGCUCCAUAUUUCCUGGACAUGUUAGAUCGUUAUGAUAAUCCGGAAAAAAUAUGCGAGUCGGUCGACAUCUGUUUAACACCGGGCAAAAUUCAUAUGCUCGGUGGUCAUAAAUGCACAUAUGGUCCAUCAUAUUGGUGCCAUAGUGUUACACAUGCUAAUUCCUGUAAUGCCUUCAAAUAUUGCCAUCAAAAGGUUUGGAAUUCAGACAAUAAUUAAAUAUGAGUUGUGUGUACAAUGGCCACAAAAAAAUUCAUCUUUGUUGCAUCAUUUUUCAAUAUCAUAAAAUUGAUAACAAUCAAAUUUAUAAUGC